AUGGCCGACGGGGAGGAGGACUUCUCCAAACUGUCCCUGGUCGACAGAUUUACCCACAAGAACUGGAAGGCCAGAAAGGGAGGAUAUGAGGCUGCCGUGGCAGAGUUCGAAAAAACACCAGACGAAGCAGAUCCCGCCUUCCGACCCUUUCUACAGGACCCAGGCCUAUGGAAGUCGGCCGCUGGCGACUCGAAUGUUGCUGCUCAGCAAGACGGUUUGGCUGCCUUGUGCGCGUUUCUGAAAUAUGGCGGCGUUCAAGCCGCUAGGACUUCGCGAAGUUACACCCUCCAGCCCAUCUACGAGAAAGGUCUGUUGUCCACAAGACCCCAAGCCAAAGCCAGCGCCCUCGAAGCCAUCCUGCUCUACGUGGAACUCGACAAGUCAGAACCCGUCAUCGAAGAACUACUACCCGCUCUCUCCCACAAGCAACCCAAAGUCAUCGCCGCGACCCUCGGCGCAAUCACCGCCAUUUUCCACAACUUUGGUGUCAAGGUCGUCGAACCCAAAGCUGUCCUGAAGGCGCUUCCCAAAGUCUUUGGCCAUGCCGACAAGAAUGUCAGAGCAGAAGCCCAGAAUCUCACGGUCGAGCUGUACAGAUGGCUCAAAGACGCAAUGAGGGUCAUUUUUUGGAGUGAAUUAAAACCUGUCCAGCAACAAGAUCUGGAGAAGUUGUUUGAGAAAGUCAAGGAAGAGCCCCCCCCAAAACAGGAGCGCCUGACAAGAUCACAGCAGGUAGCCCUGGCCACAGCACCCCCACCAACGGCGGGUGGGCAUGAGGACGGCGAAGAAGUAGCCGAGGAGGCAGACGAGGCGGAAGAAGUUAAUCCUUUUGACCUUGCAGAACCUGUCGAUGUCUACGCCAAGAUCCCUCCCGACUUCCACGAAAUGGUCAGCUCGACCAAGUGGAAGGACCGCAAAGAUGCCCUCGACGCUCUGUUCAACAUUGUCAACACCCCCCGAAUCAAAGAAGCCCCGUUCGACGACCUAGUGAGAGUGUUCGCGAAGUGUAUGAAGGAUGCCAACAUUGCCGUGGUCACUGCGGCAGCUAACUGCGUCGAAAAGCUGGCACUCGGUUUGAGGAAGUCCUUUGCCAAAUAUCGUUCCACCAUUAUGUCCCCCAUGAUGGAGAGAUUCAAGGAGAAGAAGCAGUCCGUGGCAGAUGCCUUGGGUGCCGGGCUCGAUGCCGUAUUUGCUUCCACAUCCCUAACCGAAUGUCUCGAAGAGACUCUAGGCUUCCUCCAGAACAAGAACCCCAAUGUCAAGGCGGAAUCAAUAAAAUUUCUCGCGAGGUGCCUGCGGACCACACGAGAUGUACCGUCGAAGGAAGAGCAGAAACGUCUCGCAGAUGCCGGCACGAAAUUGCUUACAGAAUCGACCGAGAACUUGAGAUCAGGUGGUGCAGAAAUCCUGGGAAUACUAAUGAAGAUCAUCGGCGAGCGCGCCAUGAACCCUUACCUGGACGGACUGGACGAUAUUCGAAAGGCCAAGAUCAAGGAGUUUUUUGAUACCGCCCAAGUCAAAGCGAAAGAGAAGCCGAAGCCAGCACCGGCACCGGCAAAAGCCACGUCAGCCGUUGGCAAGAAGGUGCUCGGAGGCUCGAAGAAACCUGCUGCUGCUGCUGUCAGAAAGCCAGCCCCUGCAGCGGCACCGGUGGAGGACGCUACACCUCUUCAACCAAAGCCGACCGCAAAAGCCGCACCCAAAGCGACAGGUCUAGCUCGUCCGGGACUGGCACAGCCCGCGAACCUGAAGCUUGGUGGCCUGAAGAAACCUGUGCCUGGUGGUCUUACAAGUCCUCGGCGCGUGAUAUCGCCACCAGCCAGCACAGACGGGGACGAAGAAAUAGCAGCGCCUUCGCCCUCAAAAUUCGGUAUGGGACGAGGGGGGCUUGCCGGACGACCUCUGGCCCGACCAGUUGCAGCUCCCCUGUCUCCUCCGACUGCCGCACCAGUCUCAAGUGGCCUCUCGACGAUUGAGCGCGCCGAACUCGAAGAACUGCGGGCGGAGAAAGAACGCUUAGCAAAUCUCGCAGACAAUCUACGAAGCAGCAACGCCAAACUCACAGCUGAAAUCUCAGAACUCCAGAACCAAAACGCGCAACUGAUAGAAGAUCACACACGAGACGUGCUGCAGAUCAAAGCGAAGGAGACUCAACUAGUCCGAGCAAGAGGUGAAUGUGACGUCCUGAAGGCCGAGAUUGAAAGUAUCCGUAAAGAAAGUGAGCGAUACAAGCGCGAAGUAUCACGGCUAGGUCGUGAAAGUAUCGGCCGCGAACGAGAAGACAUGAUGCGUGGUCGAGGCAUGGAUGAUCCUGCCGACCCUGGGGCCGGAGGUAUCUACGAAGAUUCUGCUCUGAACAGUAACAGCCGGUAUCCAGCAAAUGGCAAUGCUGCUCACCCUCCCCGACCCACUAGCACAGCACUCCAUAGGACGGGGAGCUCGGCAAGUACUCAGAGCGGACGGGCACAGCCCACAAACCCGAGCUCAAAGUCAAGACCACAAAGUGGAUACGCAUCUCAGGGCAACCGUCUCGAUCUCUCGCCUAGCGAAGAAAAAGAAAACCAUGGCCUUGGAAUCGAUUCUCUCGGUGUAGCGAGACGAAAGAUUAGUCCUCCAGUCAUGGCCAAUGGCGCAAGCGGGAGGAGUAGCCCACAGCGCCCUGCCUAUACAGCGAUGAGCCGUGAGGCGAGUGAUUCGGGCGCUGAGAGACCUGGAGUAGGGAGCAGAGAACCUAGCAGUGGCGCGAGGCCGGAGGAGAAUUGGAAGAGAGCGGCCGAGGUGACGAGUCAACUGAAGGCCAGAAUUGAGGCGAUGAAGGCACGACAAGGGUUGACUCGGCACUAA